AUAAUGAGCUGUCAGGUUCGGUACCUUCAAGCUUUAGCCAAUGUUUGAGCUUGGUUUUGGUUAAUAUAUCAUACAACCAACUGGAGGGUCCUCUUCCCAACAUUGCAGCAUUUCGGAAAGCCCCAUUUGAUGCCUUGAGGAAUAACAAAGAUUUGUGUGGCGAUGUUGCUGGCUUGAAAGCUUGCCCUCGAUCAGGAAGUAAUCAGGUCAACAAAAGCAGCAGCAAAGCAAAGACAAUGUUGAUUGUAUUUCCGACGCUGGGAACCAUGCUUUUCUGUGUUUUGCUUCUUUUUGUUGCACUAACACGUAAGAGCAGUAAAGCAAGAACUGAGUCCGGCUGUGACCGAAAUAAAGAUUCGUUUGCAAUAUGGAGCUUUGAUGGAAAGAUGGUCUAUAAAGACAUCGUCAAAGCAACAGAGGACUUCAGUGCCCACUACUGUAUUGGAGUAGGAGGAAAUGCAAGUGUUUUCGGGGCCGAAAUGCCAAAUGGUCAAAUUGUUGCCGUGAAAAAGCUCCAUACACAAGAAAAUAUUGGAUUGAGCAGUCCAGAAGGUUUUAGGAAUGAAAUACUUGCAUUAACGGAAAUAAGGCAUCGCAGUAUUGUGAAGCUUUAUGGAUUCUGUUCACAUGCACUGCAUUCAUUCUUGGUGUACGAAUUCUUGGAAGGAGGAAGCCUAUUAGACAGACUCAGUAACGAUGAAAAGGCUAUGAAUUUGAAAUGGAUCACAAGGAUUAGAAUUCUUACAGAUGUAGCAAAUGCACUGUUCUAUAUGCAUCAUGACUGCUCACCUCCCAUAAUCCAUCGAGACAUAUCAAGCAAGAAUGUGUUGUUAGACACUGAAAACGUGGCUCACAUCUCUGAUUUUGGCUCCGCAAGGUUCUUGAAACCUGACUCAUCUAAUUGGACAACAUUUGCUGGAACCUAUGGUUAUGCAGCUCCAGAACUUGCUUACACAAUGGAAGUCACUGACAAGUGUGAUGUAUAUAGUUUUGGAGUUCUAGCCCUUGAAGUGAUUGUAGGGAAGCAUCCAAGCGACCUAAUUUCCAUUUUAUUAUCAACACCAUCAUCAAUGCCAAAGCCACAAUCUCUUGACAUAAUGCUGAAAGACGUCUUGGACAAAGAAUUCCUCCACCUACCCUACAAGAGGCUGAAGAUGUGGUACUAGCUGCAAAACUAGCAAUUGCAUGUGUUCAUCCAAGUCCCCAGUUUCGGCCGACGAUGCAACAAGUUUCUGGACACCUAUCAAGAAAAAAAUCAGCUUCCAAGAGCCUGUCACUUGUUACGCUAAGUGAACCGUUAGAUUCUUGAGUACUUCUGCAUUUUAUAACUUGUAUCAGCACCAUAUGGGGAGACAUUAUGGAUG